AUGUCUUUUCUGCCCUCAGUCUUCAACUACCUCGAUUCCCAUGAAGAGGAGUUUGUCAGUCGACUGGGAGAAGCGGUCGCUAUACCGAGCGUCUCACAGGAGAAGGCCUUCCGCCCGCAGACGGUCGCCAUUGUGGAGCACUUUAAGGCGCUGAUGGAGCAGCAGCUGAGCAGCAGUUUCAGCUGCCGACUGCACGACCUGGGCACGGAGGACUUUCCCGACGGCUCAAAGGUGGGCCUGCCGCCGGUGUUGUUGGGAGAGUUAAAAGCGGGUGAAUCAUCUGAGCCGAAGAAGACGGUGUGCAUCUACGGUCAUCUGGACGUGCAACCGGCCCUUCUCUCUGACGGAUGGAGCACCGAGCCCUUCAAGCUGACCGAGGUGGACGGUAAACUUUUUGGUCGAGGCUCCACCGAUGACAAGGGUCCAGUACUUGCCUGGAUCAACUGUCUGCAGGCUUUUGCCAAGACGGAGACGCCGCUCCCUGUGAACCUCAAAUUCAUCUUUGAAGCGAUGGAAGAGGCCGGUUCGACUGGCCUCCACGAGCUGGUCGGCUCGCUGAAAGACACCUUCCUGAAGGACGUCGACUACUUUGUCAUCAGCGACAGCUACUGGCUGAGCACCACCAAGCCCUGUCUGACGUACGGUCUUCGCGGCAAUGCCUACUUCUACGUCGAGGUGGAGUGCGCCAAGAAGGACCUUCAUUCAGGAGUCUAUGGAGGCGCCGUGCACGAGGCGAUGGUCGACCUGGUGGCGCUGCUCGCCACCCUCACCGACGCCACCGGCCAGCACAUUCUCGUGCCCGGACUGAUGGACACUGUCCGCCCCUUCACCACCGAAGAGCGACACACCCUCGAGUCGCUGGACUUUGACGAGGCGGCCUUCUGCAAGGAGGUGGGCACCUCUCGGCUCCGCUUUGCCGACAAGGUCAACCUGCUGGCGCACCGAUGGCGCUACCCGGCCCUCUCCAUCCACGGCAUUCAGGGCGCCUUCCACGGCUCGGGCGCAAAGACGGUCAUUCCGCAGAAGGUGGUGGCCAAGUUCUCAAUUCGAUUGGUUCCCGACCAGGAGCCAGAGGAGGUGACCGGGAAGGUGGUGAAGUACCUGGAGGAGCAGUUUAGCCGGCUCAACUCGCCCAAUCGCCUGAGGGUGCACCGGCAGAAGGGCAGUCGGCCGUGGGUGGUCGAUCCGGCCACUGAUGGCAACUUUCAGGCGGCGAAGAACGCCAUCAAGGAUGUGUACGGCGUCGAGCCUGAUCUGAUUCGCGAGGGCGGCUCCAUCCCCGUGACGCUGACCUUUCAGGAGGUGACCGGGAAGAGCGUCCUCCUCCUGCCCAUUGGCGCCGCCGAUGAUGGUGCCCACUCGCAGAAUGAGAAGAUUGACCGCAAGAACUACCUCAACGGAGGGAAGCUUUUUGCCGCCUAUCUGCACUACAUCUCCAAGCUGUAG